GAACGUGGGGAAGGGGAAGAGUGUGUGUGUGAAGAAGACCUCUCUCUCUCUCUCUCUCUCUCUCUCUCUCUCCUCUUUCUAUUUCCAUAUUAGAUAUAUAGAUGAUGGAGGAAGAAGGGCUGCCGCUGAAAGAGAUUGCAUCCUCACCAGAUCUUAUCGAGGUACAGUUCCGGUGGGUAGAGGGAGAAAUAAACUGGUGGAUAAUGGGGAGAGGAAAGAUCGCGAUCCGCAGGAUCGACGACACGACCAGCCGGCAGGUGACCUUCUCGAAGCGGAGGAACGGGCUGCUGAAGAAGGCCAAGGAGCUCGCCAUACUUUGUGACGCCGAGGUCGGCCUGGUGGUCUUCUCCAGCACCGGUCGCCUCUAUGAGUUCGCCAGCACCAGCAUGGAGUCUGUCAUAGAACGAUAUAGCAAAGCAAAAGAGGAGCGACAGCUAGUCAUGUCUGCCGCUUCUGAGGUUAAGUUUUGGCAAAGGGAAGCAGCAAGCUUGAGGCAGCAAUUGUAUAACUUACAACAAAAUUUGAGGCAAUUGACGGGGGAAGAAAUUUCUGGUCUUAGUGUUAAAGAUCUACAAAAUCUAGAGAACCAACUCAGAAUGAGCGUACGUAAUGUCAGAAUGAAGAAGGUCCUGACUGUCUCCGCUCGCUCGGUAUCUUAUUUUUUGCUUCUUAAAGCAGCUGUUCUAUAUGAUGUACACAAGUUUUUUCUGCAGGACCAACUCUUGGAAGAAGAAAUACAAGAACUGGAUCGAAAGGGAAGGCUUAUUCACCAAGAAAAUCUGGAACUAUACAAGAAGAUAAACAUGAUUCGUCAAGAAAACAUGGAAUUAUACAAAGAGAAUCAAUGUCAGGUAUAUGCAGCCAAGGGCAAAAAUGGUACUGACAGAGGCUCAAUUGUACCAUAUGAUUUCAGUAUCACAGAUGAAGCAGCAUACAAGCCCAUUCAUCUUCGAUUAAGCCAGCCACAGCCGAACGCAGACGGAAUCAAAACAGAGCCGCCUCCAAAUCUAAGACUUCAGCUACACUACAGAGAUGGUUAGUACGUCUAUUAUCUCAACGCUCAUGUUUGAAGUCCCAGGCGAGUGAUCUUUAAUUACGUGAAAGUGCAGCAGUGACAUCGCAAAAUAGUUUUUGCCACUUAUUAUGUGAAAAAUGAUGUGUGCGUGAUUCUAACAAUGAUCGAUUUAGUAGGAAGGGUGAGUGGUUACUUAUUAAGAUUGUUUAAUUUAUGGACUCGUGGACACUGAUAUGAUGUUGAAUACCUUUCA